UCAUGAGUGAAAGGAAUAUCGAUCUGAACUGUGAAUUUGUAGUUCCUAAAUCUGUUUCAAUUGCUCUUGCUGAAAUUUCCGCCAUUGAUGAUCCGUCCCAGAAACUCUUGAAGCUUUACUCCCUUCUACAAGCCUUAGAAGAAGAGGCAAAGAAAAUCUACGUCAUUAGACGUGAAGUCCCUUAUGCUACGAGUCUUCUCACUGACGAAAUCGAGACGGUAAGGGGAGAAUAUUUGAAGCUAAAAGGAAAGGAAAAGUUGCCGGCGCUCGCAUCGGUGGAGGUGGAAGAGUUUGUACCGUUGAAGGGUAGUUCUAACGGUGACCGAGGGACAACACAGUCAAACGAUCAAGGCGAAAAAAUGAACUGGAUGGGCUCCACUGGGCUCUGGAACCACCCUGUUACGUCCCACAAUUCUGAUUCCAGAAAACCAAGCAACCAACUUUUCCCCACAAGACUUGGUUGUGUCAAUCAGAGCAUUCAAUUAUUUGUACCGUACAAGACUAUGACAGCGGAGGAGGCGGCGGCGCUAAAAGCAGAUGCUUUACCAGUCCUCGCUUUAUCGCUGUCUCCGCCAUUUGUGCCGCAAUCGGUGGUUUAUAAAAGCUCAUAUCAUUCUCAUUCCUCAAAGACGUUGAAUAAGCAAGAACAGAGGAAACCGAGGCGGUGUUGGUCGCCGGAGCUUCAUCAGGGGUUCGUCGACGCCCUUGAUAAGCUCGGUGGAGCACAAGCAGCGACACCGAAGCAGAUUAGAGAAAUUAUGAAUGUUGAUGGUCUCACCAAUGAUGAAGUCAAAAGCCAUUUGCAGAAAUAUAGGCUUCAUGUGAGGAGGCUGACUGCGUCUCCGCCUCCGUCAACCUCAACUGGUGCGCACUCUAGCUUGCCGGAGGGCCUACUUCACCUAGGGGUUCCGGCGACCUGCAGGGAGGUUUCAGUGACGGUGACAGGUCUCAACGCCAUGGAGGAGUCAGAGGAAGAGGAAUCAGUGAGAGGGUUUUGAUGGAUGGACAGUAACAAGAAGUGAAUUUUGCAUAUUAUAAUAUAAGUUAAGGUGGCCGCAAAACUGAGGUGCUGCUGAUGAGUUCUUUUGUUCUAUAGAGAAGGGGGGAAUAUAAUAUCAUUCUUGGUGGGUUUUCGACUUUUGACAAUUUCAAUUUUCAUAUAGUUCGUUUGACAUUAUUAACUUGUUUGUUUUAAUCAUGUUUUCAGUCUUCUUCAUUUAGGAUUUAGUGGGAAGAAG